AUGUCCAACGCCGGCGCCGCCGCGCCCCAGAUCAACGGCGCUCCGCCCUCCUCUAGCGACACACAGCAGCCCUCCCAGUCGCAAUCCGCCUCGACACCCGCUCCCGGCCCGAGCCAGAGCCAAAACCAAAACCAGACGCAAACUCAACAACAAACACAACAACAGCAAUCCCAAUCCCAAUCCCAAUCCCAACCGCAACAACCCCAACAACAACCCCACGCCCACGUCCAAUCCCUCGCCGGCGUCGGCACCAACCCCGCCCACAACAACAACAACCCCUCCAACCCCUCCACCACCGCCCCGCGCCCCCGCGACGCCCGCACAAUCGAACUCCUCCUCACCGCCCAAGGCGUGACCUCCUUCGAGCAGCGCGUGCCCCUCCUCCUGCUGGACUUCGCCUACCGCCACACGGCCUCCAUCCUCUCCGACGCGCUGCACCUAUCCGCUGACCCGUAUACUUCCCACGCCGGCGCAAGACCGUCGGCUGCGUCGGGCGCUGCGCCUGUUAAUGUGGGCGAUGCGGCGGUUAGUAGUAAUGCGGUGCAGUUGGCAAUUGCGAGUCGGUUGGGGUUUCAGUUUCGCGGGGGGGUGGGAGGGGCUGGUGGUGGUGUGGGCGGUGGUGGUGGUGCGAGUAAGGAAUGGAUGUUGGAGUUGGCGCGGGAGAGGAACAAGAUUGCGCUGCCGAGGGUGAUGCCUAGCGAGUGGGGGGUGCGAUUGCCUGGGGAGAGGUUUGUGUUGAGUGGUGUGCCGUGGGGAUUGAAGAAUGUGUGGGAGGGCCAGGAAGGGAUGGAUGCGAGUAGUGAGGAGGAGGAUGAGGAGGACGAGGGGGAUGUGAUGAUGCUGGAUAGUGGUGCUGGGGCGGGUGGGAAUAAGGAUGGUGAUGAUGCUAUGGAUGUUGAGGGUGAGGAUGAGGUUGAAGGCGGGACGAUUGGGGAUGUCUUUGGGGAUGAUGGGUUGGAGGAUGAGGAGAUGGCUGAGGCGUGA